AUGUCAAAGUUUUUGUCAUUCCUAUCUAGAAAAACUGAAGAAAAAGUAUGUAUUGUUAUAGGAGGAGGAAUUGCAGGUACUUCUCAAGCAUACUAUCUGGCUUAAAAUCCUAGAAACAGAGUAAUUUUAAUAGAUUAACAUAAGGAAUGCGGGAUGGGUACUACUAGAGGAAAUUCAUGCAUGAUAAUGGUCAAUAAUGCCUUUCCAAAUACCUUUAAACCUCUAUUAGACUUCUUUCCUAAGGGAAUAUUCUUCAAUGAAGUAGUCUAGAAAAUAGAUCUCCCAGCUUUGUUUGAACCCGGAGUAUUCAAAUAUACAUACUACUGGCUAAAAGCAAAUAAUCCUCAUAAUGAUUGUGCUGAGAGUAUGAGACUUAAUCAAUUUAACUUUGACUUGAUAAAACAAAUGAUACAAGAUAAUAAGAUUGAUAAAAAUGAAAUCGAUUAUGAAGAGUACUGCAGCUAUGCUAACCUCUAUUCAGUGAAUAAAGAUAAGAUCUAAAAUCUUAAACAGAAAUUAAAGGCAAACUUUGGACUAGACAAUUUUUACGAGAGAAAAGAUAUAGAAGAAAAGCUUCUUAGCAAGUUUCCCAAUGUCAGAGGGCAAGAAUAGUAUAAUUUAUGUCUGAUGGAACCAUUAGCUAAGGUUGAUUCCUAUAAAUUUUCUAAGGCUAUACACAAAUUACUUUUGAGGAAAAAGAAUUUUGAAUCAUAUUUGGGAUAAGAUGUCAAAUCCUUUUUGCAUGAUGGCCAGCAAGUAAAAUCAUUAAGCAUUUAAUCAAAUUAAUCUGGCAUAAGUAAAGUAAUAAAAGGAGACGAAUUCUAUCUAUGCACUGGACCAUAAACACCUAGUUUACUUGCCAAAUAAUUCCAGAUAGAGAUUCCCAUUGUGCCUGUUAAGGGGUAUUCAUUUGAAUUUAAAUCUCCAACUAAAGGAGUAGAUACUCAUUUAAAAUGGGGUUAAGUCGGAUGUGUUGCUACUUAUUUAAAUAAUGACGUCAUUAGAUUCAGUGGAUUUGGAGACAUUGCUGGUUCUAACUAUUAAAUUGACCAAAAGAGAAUUAACUACAUGAAGCAAAUAGCCUCUAGAUUUUAUGGUGAAGAGCUGAUAAUGACUAAAUCCUUUAAUGAAUGGUGUGGCUUGAGACCGUGCUCUCCUGAUGAUAAACCCAUUAUAGGUAAAUUAAGGCCAUUUACAAAUCUCAUUCUUAAUUCUGGUCAUGGAGGUAGAGGCAUUACUCAAGGCUUUGCAACCUCGAAACUCCUUGCAUAAUUGAAUGAAUAUGAGGGUUUGAAUAAAGAAUAUGAAGACUACUAUUUGAAGCCAUUUAUCUCAAAAUUUAAAAUGGCAAAUGUAUCUGGAUCCCAAGAUGACUAUGAGCAGGAUUUUCAAGAGGAACAGGAGGAAUAAAAUUACGAAGAAGAUUUCGUUAAGGAUGAUGCUAGCUAUGAAUAAGAUUCAUUUCACAAUGAAAGUGAACUAGAAAUAAACAGGAAAUUAGAUUUAAUAGAUGUAAAGUAGCAGAUGAUGAAGAAUCCAAGCAAAAAUAACAAUCUUGAUAGCAGUUAAGCCUCACAAAAAAGUCAAAAUUAAUUAUUCCCCAUUGACUCAAAGCUUAAUACUUCUAAGAGAAAUUUAGACAUUAAUAUUGAAUCAACCAAAACUCGAUUAGCAGAGAAUUAGACAUUGUCAAUAAACAAUGAGAAUGUCAGAUAAACUAUAUAAAUGUUCAAAACUGAUGAAAGUCUUGUCAAUUUACAAAGAAACGACACUGAGAAUUCUUAACAUUAAGUUUACUAAAAUCAAGAUUACUCUGAGCUGGACAAACUGAAAUUGCAAGAACUGACUAUUCUAAACAACUAGGAAGAGGCAGAUAAGGUUAAUCUGCUGGAGGAAUAAGAGAAUCUGAACCCAGACCUAUAGCAGUAGAUUGUAUCUCAUAAUUAGAAAUCUCUGAUUACAGAUAAAAAUCCUAUAGCAAAAAGUAGAGAUGGGAAAGUUUAACCAUUAAAGCCAGUCACAGCAGUUGGAAAACAAAGAAAUCCAUAAUCUGUACACCGAAGUAUGAACUAACUCUAGCAGUAGCAAUCUUUGAAGAAUUAAUAAACUUAGCCGAUCUAAAGUACAUAAACCAAGAAAUUUAUAAACCUAAAUUAAUCUAACAAAAAAUAGCAAGUAACAAGCAGACCUCAGACAUCAAAUGGCUAAACUGCUCAAACAACUACAAAUAAAAACUAAAGAACUUCAUAUUCUAUGAUUAAAAGUGCUAAUAGAAAUACUAGCUCUAAGCCCUUCUCAACUAUGAUUCAAUCUCAAUAGCUUAAUCAACACGCCUAGCAAUAAAUUCAGAACAAUACCACAUAGAAGAUUAGGAUGAUGAAUCAGACUUAAGAUCAAAUCUAUUAAUAGUAAAGAACUUCAACCGGUAAUCAAGUUGGAGUAAGAGAGCGACUCAAGUAAAUUAUUCAAACUAGAAGAAAUACAAGCUAAUCUUAGUAGAGAAUGACAAAUAAUAAUAGUAGAUCAAUAUCUCAGUUGAAAUAUAGUGAUUCUAAAUAAUCUAUGGGUUUCAAGCCAAAACUUGAUUUGAAUAUGAGUUAGAAGUAAGGUGGUGGUGCUGAUCAUGAUACCAGAAUCGGAAGUACUAAAAGAUUCUCAACAGAUUCCUUUAUUUUAUAAAGUCAAAAUAACUAGGGGCAUAACUAGUCAGUCUAAAGAUCAAGGUUGAGUAUGAAUAAACUCACUGGAGCUAAUCAGAACAGACAAAGUUUGAAUUAAUCGAAUUAUACCAACAGGAUAACCUCAGCAGGCUUGAAUAGCACUCGAUCUAACUUCAUUCGAAAGAGUGUUAAUAAACUCCCUUAAGAAAAUCCAACUAGUUCUUAAUCACUCCAACACAAUGUUAAAUCAAUUAAAAUAGCUGACUACUAUAAUGCCGAUCCAAGGGAGAGCUUGAUUCUAAAAAAUGAACUAAAAUCUAGUGCUAGUAAUAAGGGACCUCUUGAUAGAAUGCUUAGAUUAUCUUAGGAUGCAGAAUUCCCAAUUAAAAUCCUUGAUAACAUAAUUGGAGUUGAAGAGUAGCUUUAUGGCUUUAGUUUGUACAAUAGAGGAUAAGAGCUUAAAAAAUCUUUGAUAGAUCCUAAUAAAGUCAGAGAAUAUAUUUAGAAUCAUCAGCAACAUAAGACCCCAGCAAAGUAAAGUUAACGAUAGUCUGAGCUUACUCAUAAUAAAAAAGAUUAAGAUGAUUGGUAGUAGACCCUCAAAUUCUUUAAGGAAAACCCAGCUGCAUUAUUAGAGGCUAUUCCAACACCAAGACAUGAUGAUGAUGAUGACACUGAUAGCUAGUUUAACAGUGCUUUCACACCUAAGAAGAGGUUUGACUUUUAAUUUAAUAAUGGAUCUUCUGCACUUGGAAUGCAUAAAAGAGGUAAUUCUCAGAAGAAUUUAUUGAUAAUGCAACAAGGAACACCAACUUCAAGAAGCAGACUUGCAUCACCUAAAAUUAAUCCUUUGCUAUCAUCCAGAAAACUUGUUUAGAGUGUUAGCAGGACUGGUUUAUAAUUAGGAAACACACAUACUACAACUUUUGGCCAAGAUCUAAGGCCCAGCUCAAGUAGACAAAGUUUGAUCAGAAGUCCAAGUCAAAAAGAUGACUCGUUUUAUAAAUUCAAUAAAGAUUAGGAAAUCAAAAGAAUCUAUGGAGGCAAUGAUAAUUCUGAUAAGUUCAAAUUGUAAUCUCCUUAGAGAAAGAAUAACUUUGAAAAAAAAGAUUUUAGAAUCACGAAAUAACUGAGAAACAUUCAGUCAGCCAAUAACAAGACUAGAGUUUAGCAAGACUAAAAUAGAACAUUCAAUGAAAGUCAUCACAUGAUGAAAGAUCCAGCCUAAGAAAGAAAGCAGUAAAGGUUAAAGCAACUAGAGGAGUAGUAAAAAGCUCACAAUGAAAGGAAAGUAAUGUAAAACAGACUUAAAUAAAAGAUUAAGACUGAUUACUAUGAUACUAAAGAAAACAAGCCAUUAAGUUCAUUCAAGAAUAGUAUUCAGCAUUCAGAGCACAUCUCAUUGGGAAAGACUUUACUGUCCACUCUUGAUUGGAAGACUUCCAAGAUAUACCAAGAAUACAUAAUCCAAAGAAAAAACAACAAACAGAUAUUUGAACAAUAAGAUAACAAAGUUUUCAGAGAGGAUGAGAUAGACUAUGUAAAGAGUAUGAUAGGGGUUAAAGCAAAUGAUCAUUAACAAUAUAACGAAGAAACCAACAGACUAUGCACUCCAUUUAUCUAAAAGGCAUAUAAUACUCUUGAGAUUUUAUUAAGAGAACUGCUUUAAAAUGAUUUCAACUAGGAGCUUGACAAGAUUUAUGUUGAUAAGAGUUUUGGUGGAUCGAUGUUUGAUAAGCUUUAAUAUUUAUUGGAAAGGAUGAGAUCAUUGUUCAGAGUUAGAGAGGAGAUACUUGAAUUUCUAUUCAAAGUUUAUGAAAGAGAGGUAAUUUUGGAAGAGAUGAAAAAAACAGUAAUGAAUAUUAAGAGUGAAAAGGACAUCGAGGAUGAGCUAUUCAUUAAGCCUUCUAGGUCAUAAAAUGGAUUGGGAGAGCAAUCUCACCAUGAAUAAUAAGAAAAGCCCACAAGAGACCGAAUUCAAAAACUUGGUGACAGCCUUGUUGAAUUGACUGAUGAUGUUUAGAAGCUAGUUAAAAAAUUCAUCUAAACUUUCAACAAAUCCAUGGAUUUUGUUAGAAUAGAGCAUUUCGUAUUCGAAGAAGCAGACUAUGAGUUAAUUAGCUACAAGGAAGUUAAGGAAAUUAAAGAUAUUUUUAGAGCCUUUGAUAUCAAAAUAAAAGAUCUCGCAACAAAAAAGAAUUAUUGA